AAAUCAGCUAUCACAUAAGAAAAUGGCGGAGCUGCCUGUUAAUGAACCCAACAAAAAGUUCUUUUAUCAUGAACACGCAUCGAAAUUACUAAAAUGUUUGAAUGAAUUUAGAGAACGUCCAAAUUUGUGUGAUGCGACUGUUACAAUAGGAUCUAGUCGUAUCCCAGUACAAAAAAACAUUUUGUCUGCAGCAAGCCAUUAUUUUCGGUGAGUAAACCGAGUAAUCCACAAGUCGCCAGUCGGCCGGUCGUUUAAUAAUUUGAUUGAUUUAACUCAUUACAUUAAAUUUACAAUUACAUGUAUACAUCGGAUUUCGUAUUUUAACCUGUAAACUUAUUUAUAUGAAUUCUUUAUAAAAGUAUAUUUCAUAGUAAAAUGCCAUCUUUUUGUUGGAAUACAACAACAUUUUAACAAAUUUUACAAGAUAAAAAUAAAAAAGGUAGGCUACAUUUUAAUGAAUCUUUUGUGUAGCGGGUACUUUUACGGAGCCAUUGGGGUAAAUCACGGAUAACUUUUCUAUCUUUAAAGUUAAAGAUAUGUUACAAAAGUUGCCCAGUUGGAUGUAAAACUAAAAUAGGUAAUCUACCACUUGAGCGUCGGCCAAGGAAAAAUCCAGCUGUUCCGGUUGGAAGGUCUAUUUAAACAAUUAUUCAUAUACUAUUUUUAAUGACAUUGGUUGUGCGUGCUGCGUAUUCAUUCCCAUAAUAAUAGUACUAAUACAAAUACACAAGAACAUUUUUUUUUAAAUAGAAAACUAUUUAAAAAAUUUGAAAUAUAAAAAUGUAAACAAUUUAAUGUUUGAAAAUGGAAUUAUGCAUAGUUCUCCCCCAAGGCGACAAUGAAGUUAUAUGCCAUCUAAUAUCUAAUGAUAGCUUUAAGGGGCCGUCCAUUAAUUAUGUCAACAAAAUUGGGGGGGGGGGGCGGAGGGGGGUUUGGAAAUGUUUGACAGUUGUUGACAAGGAGGAGGGAGGGGGGUUUAGAUUAGUUGACGUAAACAAUCAUGUUUUUUCUAUUAAUUUGAAAUUGAAUGGUUAUUACAUUAUUUAAGAAAAAUUAAAUUAUGUCAACAAAAUUGGGGGGGGGGGGCGGAGGGGGGUUUGGAAAUGUUUGACAGUUGUUGACAGGGAGGAGGGACGGGGGUUUAGAUUAGUUGACGUCAACAAUCAUGUUUUUUCUAUUAAAUUAAAAUUGACUGGUUAUUACAUUAUUUAAAAAAAAUUAAUGAGUGUAAUUAUUCUUUUAAUUUUAAGAUGUCAUUGCAGUCAAGAUAAAUCAUAUUGUUAGAGUAGGAAUACAAUAUUUUGAGAAUUAGGGGAAAGUGAAGUGAGUAACAAAAAUAAAAUCGCUACUUGAAUGGAUUUGCAAAAUCUGUAACGUCUAUUUUGCAUCACAAGUCAUGGUGAAAAAGCAUGUUCAGCAGCACUUGCUACUCAACAAAAAAGGAUUCGACCAAUGCGAGUAGCUGUCAGGGGACAUAGAGAACUUAUGGCAAUUAUUGCUCACACUGACAAUGCUUCUAUUUUAAAUGCUGAAUGGUUAGAUGAGGAUGAUAUUGACUUGUCUGGUAUGUCGGCUCUGCAAAUAUGAAAAUGAUAAAUCAGCUACUAUAUACUAGGCUUAUCAGGGGCGAGGGGGGCAAAACCAAAUCUUGGUCGGCUUGUUAAGUUGUUUAUUACUUGAGAUGCCACAGUACGUAGCAUUUUAAAUAAAAACUGCAAAUUCGGGGGGGGGGGGGGGCAAUCCCCCGCCCUACCAAAAUGAGCCCCAUUGUUAGGAUAGAGCAACACCUGGCUACUCCAUGGGAAGAUGAUAGCAGCUAGAAACUAUAUUAUAAUUGUCAGUUUUACUGACAAUAAUGAUAUUUAUACUUCCAUUUUUAAUUUGGGACCGCCGUUAAGUGUGGGGCUUAUACUUAUUAUUAUAAUAAGGAGCUGCCUAUACUGAUACUUUAAAGGAUACAGAAAAUAGGCAAUAUAAAUUACUAAAAAUAAAAGUACAUGUAUGUUCAGAUUUUUAAACGUUUUUAAAAAAAAUUUCAUGUCCAGCAUUUAUCGCCACAAGAUUUAUAUUUAGCAUCGUCAUAUAUCUUUUUAAUAAUUUCAGUGCUCUUUUUGAUUAUGAUGAUCGCAUUACAAAUAGCACAAAAGAUAGACAAGGUCCAUCUUUGUCUACUGUUUCCUUGGAUCACAUGGCAAUCGAUGAGCACACAUUCCGUAGCAUUUUGGAUUUUAUCUACACAGCAGAGGUCAAAUUGCAUCCAGGAAACAUUCAGGAUAUGUUGCAGGUAGUUUCAUAAAAUACGUUAGAGCCAAUACAAGGUUUUGUUAAAUUUGAUUGAUUAGUACAAUUCAUAAGAUAAUGUUAUAAAUAUAAUGAAUACUGUGCAUACAAAACAAGUUGAUCUAGGUAAAUAAUUUUUAAAUUUGCAGGCUGCUGACCAACUACUAAUGUCUGACCUAAAAGAUAUCUGUUGUGAAUAUUUAGAUACUUGUAUCAAUGCACAAAACUGUAUUGGCAUUCUGGAUUUCACAUCUCAACUUUCCUGUUCAUGGUGGCACUUAAAAGUGUCCCAAUAUCUUGAUGCUCAUUUCAAGUAAGUUUAUCUGGAAUAGAAACCUGUCUAACUUAUGGCAAUGCAUUUUAAUCAUUUGAUUGCUGGCAUUAAGCUAGUAUGGAGACCUGGAUUGCUUAAGCACUACAGGUAUUACUAAUAUCACAAUUAAACAUAAUUUUUAUUUUUUUCCCCCCCAUUUUUUUAAAACAAUUAACCAUAUUUGGAUAGCCGCAUGUAUUUUCUUUUUACCUGAUGACAGUGAUUAAUUAUCGAAACUUGUAGCACAGAACUUCAACACUUGAAAUAACCUGUAUUCUGAAUUUUGCCCAUUAGUACUUGUCAUUACUAUGACUCACUGGAUUUCUUUAGCUCACUAUCCAAGUCCCACUUUGAAGUAGUUAAACCCACUCUCGCCCAUAUUCAGAGAUUUGUCAGCUAAUGUGUUAUGCGGGAUAUUUCAAUUCACAUUUUUAAAAUUAUUUCGUUCAUGCGUGCGAAGAAAGUAAAAUUGUUCCUUUUGAUGAUCAACAUGCAACAUCAUAUAUGGGUUGAAAAGCAUUUAAGUUAGUCAUUCAUGUUUUCCAGAAUAAAUAUCUAGGCAGGGUCCAUAGAAUCUUCGGGUUACAAUCUCUAAUCAAUAAUUGAGCUGCCAAUCAAGAGUGACAACCACUGCAGUAACCCUGCAAAGAUGUCCUUGAAAAUGGCUUGGUCAUGUUUGGAGAAUGCCACCAAGGUCAUUUCCCAGGACACCACUAAAAUUGACAACGCAGGGAAAAUGAAAUUGUGGCUGACAGCUCCAAUACAAGCACCCUGAAGUGGUGUUCCUGCAUAAUGAUAGUGACCUUAACAUUGUUGUCAGCUCAAAAGGACUGAAUGAAUUUAUUUAUGAAAGAAUUUUCAUAUUGGGCACAAAUAACUUUUUCAAUGCAGAUUAUAUUUUUCAACCUGAUUCGUGCUAUGAUAAUCGAUUAACAAACUAAUAGAAUGGUUUAACUAUAAAGCAUGUUAUUCAAGGUACGAGAAGAUUAUAAAAUGCCAAAAUAAGCCAUUCUAUUAGUUUGUUAAUCGAUUAUCACAGCACGUGUCAGGUUGAAAAAAAUAAUCUUCAUUAAUUAACUUUUCAGCAUUGUAUUUAAUCUUCGCGUACCUUGAAUAACAUGCUUUAUAGUUUAUUCUGCACUUGUUUGUCAUUUUCAGUGAAGUCAGCCAAUUUGAUGAGUUCCUGCGGCUAGAUGAAGAGAGAAUCGCCAAGCUUCUAUCAAGAACAACAAUAGAUGUAAAAAAUGAAGAUGAUGUUUUGGACAUAAUCCUUCGUUGGUAUCGAUUUGAGCCUGAUAAUCGUUUCAGUUCAAUGAUGAAUUUAUUAGGGAAAGUUGUGUUUGCCCAUCAACUUAGUGACAAUGCACUGGCAAGAUGUAAUGAACUGAGGGAGCCAGCAGGACAAGAGCUUCUUCAACUUAUUUUGGAACUAAAAAGAAUACAGAAAGACAAUCCCAUCAUACAUAGAGGUUUUGUAAGAGUUAUUGUGGCAUGUGGAGGAGAAGGGGGUUGCAUGUAAGUUUUUAUAUAUUUUUUGAAUUUAUUUGAAAUAAACUUUUUAUUUUGUUUUGAAAUUCCAGAUAAUAGAGCAAAACGUGUGAAUAUAGAACUUUAAAAAAGCGCUGUCUUUGGGCUUGCUCAUUCCUGGCAUGGAUAGAUUUCUUAAUAAAAUCACCUUGAAACAGCGCAAAUUCUGUUGAGUGCGAGAUGCGAAACGGCUCUGUGGGACAAAAUUGUUUUUUACUCUACAAAUUGCAUAUACCAUGCAGUACUGGCACGUCAUGAACAGGAUGUGACAUUGACUAAUCAGACAGCAACCACACUGUGUAGGGCUGUGAAAUAAUUAUAAUAACACUUACCUGGGUACCUAUUGACCCACGGAGCCUAUACCAUUGGUACCCGACAAAAGUGAAAAGAUUUUUUGGAAAUAUAAGGAGUCAUUAAGUUUACCUGCCAUCACCAUGGUUGAACUUUGAACUCGAAACUUUUUUAAGGAAAGAACAAAGAUACCUAAGGAUUUUUUUUAAAAGAAAGAGUGUCAUUCUCUGGAGAGAAGCAAUAAGUUUGAGCAGACGAAUGUAUGGUGGUUUAGUUACUAGGUGCCUUGAAUGAGCAUCAAACGUGACGUUCCACUGCCUGGAGCAGUUAGUAGCCAGGUUCUAGUGGGGAGUACGGAGGGGACAGUGGGUGCCAAUGGCAGUAGAACAUUAAAAUAACAAAAUUCUUAUCAGAAACGUAAUAUUUUUUUAAUGAUUUUAAAAAUAAUUUAUAAAAAUCCUGUGCCCGAGAAUUGGCCCUGGCAUUUAGCCUUGGUCAGGCACCCCGGCACCGUUGUCAGGCACCCCGGCACGGUGACAGUCCCAGCUGUGUUUCUAAAAUCAUGAUGAAAUGGCGUGUUGUCAGAAGAUUUGCUUUGAGGCUAAGGGCUGUGAAUGAACCUUUAGUAUUGUGUGUAAAUUUUGCCAUUGCAUAUCAAAAUGGCAAAAAUGCAUAUAUAUACAUAUUUUUGUUUGGAUUCUCAUAAAAGAUUUCUAAACAAAUUUUAUGCCACAUCUUAUGGAAAUCUUGCUUAGUUUCAUGAUUGUUCUGCAGACCUGUUUACUCUUACGAUUUCGGCGUGCAAUAUACGAUUUUGAGGCCUAAAUAUUAUAUACACCGUAUGUUUUUCGUACUAUUCAGAUAAUGUAUUGAACGAUUUUGUGAGGAUAUUGUACGAUUUUAAGAGUUGAAGGGUAAACAGGUCUGGUUCUGUGGUUAUUAUAUGUCAUCAUCAGUGGCUCUACAGCCCAUGUAUGGCCCUGGCCCUCUCCACCACAUACUUCCAAUUGGAUAGAUCCAUGGCUUUCCGCCUCCAUGCGCGAACCUCCAACUGGUGUAAGUCCUUCUCUACAUCGUAGAUCCAUCUCAGUCUCUGUCAACGGUGAGCCGUCUGGCCCUAGGUUUCUGCCUGUAUAUUACUUUUGCUGCUCUACAAUCUGGCAUCCUUUCAAUAUAUCCUGUCCAUUGCAGUCUGGCUUUUGUUUAUUGUUGUGACUAAAGGUGGGACUUUGUACAUUUGGUAUAGCUCUUGGUUUGUACAUAUUCUCCAAACAUCAUUGUCUAUUAGGCCAUAUAUUUUCCUGAGGAUUUUCCUCUCCCGUGUAUUGAGCAGGUUCUCUGAUUUUCUGGUAAGGGACCAAGUCUCACUAGCAUAAGUUACUACUGGUCUUAUGUGGUGUAUAUUGCUUUCUUUGUUCCCCUUGAGAAGUUAUUAUACAUGUACAUACAUGUAUGCACUUUCUGUUUGUAUUCUCACUUCUUCUUGAUUUUAUUGUGCAUAUGUCUUCAUCUUUUAUAUCUGAAUGAAACAGUGAAUAGCACCAUUUUUGCUUCGGUCCCAAGGGGUGUGCUAAUGAAAUGUUUUACUGUGUCUCAGUUAUGAAAACAGAUGAUGGUAAUUUAUGUAAAACAUGUUUAUGUUUAAAAAAAGAAUAGAAAUAUAAAAUAAAUUAAAACAAAUGAAACAAUUUUAAAAAUCAAUUACGGUUGAUAUCAGAAUAAAAAGAAAGUGAACAAACCCCGUAAGAAAUUUUUUUCCGUAUUAAAUCCUUUAUAUAAUGUAAUAUCGAGCAAUGGGAGGUGGGGCUAAAAAUUUGACAAAACGUGUGUUUAAGUUAUUUAAGUAGCACACUUUAUAAGAAUCCCAAUCAGUCCCCAUCCCCAGCGCGCUUGAAAUCGCACAUGUUUUUCAAGUCAUAUUGCUUUGUAUACUAGCCCAUAGCUUAUAUUUUAAAAAAACUGUUAAGUUGUUCACAUAAGUUAUCCUAUAAAUUUAACUGAAACAAAAACAAGUCAGCAGCAAUUAGAAAAAACAUAUAGGAUUCUUAGCAAAACCAGACUACUAUUAUCUUGAUAAAAUAAGAGCAAUGUUUUAUGUUUAAAGCCUCUUCCUUUUAAACGAAAUUGAGAAUUAUUUUCAUAUCAUUACGCCAAUGCAAGACUAAUUUUUUUUUUUCAUUUAUGUAUUAAUUCAAGAAAUGUAUUUUUUGUGAUUAAGUUAAAAUGAUUUGUGUAGUAGUAGCCAUCUAAAAUAAUGGAAGUUACUGAAAAGCCAAGAUUAUUUUUCUAUAGGUCCAUGUAAUGCAGAAAUAACAAUUUAAAAAAAGCAGGUGUUUUAUGUUUAAUUUUUAUUUCAGUGACAGAGAUGAUUGUGAAAUUAAAGAUUUUGUCAGGUGUGUGAAACCUAUUAGAACAAAACAUCCUGCAAGUUGGGUGGAGUUAGCUCCUAUGUCAUCUCCAAGGUGUGGCCAUGGAUUAGUAGAAGUUGGUAAGACACUUACUGAUAAAAAGUUACAUAUUAUUAUGCUUGUAGACUAAAAGGAAUAAAUUCAGCAUAAAGAACAAAAUAGAUAAACGAAAUAAACAUAAAAUAAUCAAUUAUGAAUGCAUUUGCUUUUAAUCCUAGAAGUAAUGCUUUCAUUAAUAACUAGGUCUACCCUUUUUGAAUACACAUUUUUCUCAGACUGUAAAAGCUUUCAAUUGAUUCGAAUAUAUUUAUAUAGAUUCAAUGUAUUACCAAAUCAUGUAGUGUAAAAAAAUAAUUUGAUAAACCUUUAAUAAUUGGUAUGUUUUUUUCAUGAAUAAAAUUAGCAAUUAUUUAACAUUUUACAUGAUCUGUCACUUUGUGUAUUGUUAAACUGAUGAUGAUAAUAAUAAUAAUACACCUUGUGGAUUAUAAAUGAUGUUCAAUAAUAUAAGAAGGUUAAAUUAUUUCAUUACUUCAGGUGGAUAUCUUUAUGUGGCUGGAGGCAGGGACAGUAACUGCAGAAUUUUGAACAGCUGUGAGAAAUAUGACCCUUUCAAGAAUUGCUGGAGUCCUAUUGCUCCCAUGAACCAUGCAAGAGUUGGCUUCGGACUAGUGGCCAUUGAAAACAUGAUCUAUGCCAUCGGGGGUAGCAAUGAUAUGACAGAUCCACUUCUUUCAGUUGAAGUUUACGAUGUUUUUACAGAUAGAUGGAAGCCACUUCCUGACAUGAUUAUGAAAAGAGCCUGGGCCUGUUAUGUUGCAGCGGGCUCCAAGAUAUACGUGCUUGGUGGUGGAAUCAUUGGUAAAUUUUAUGAAUCAGUAGAAGUGUUUGACACAAGGGCUCUAACAUGGUAUGCUGUGUCACCUAUGCGUGAAAGAAGAUGUGAUGCAAGAGCUGUGGCUGUUGGCAAUGACAUUUAUGUAUUUGGAGGUUUCCGUCGCAUUGAAUGUCCUAGUGCUGCCCAUUCUGGUCACAAUUUGAAGUUGUGUGGUACAGAGUUUUAUUCAGAGAAGAACGAUUACUGGAUGCCCAUACAGAACAGAUCUGGUGGCAACACAAUAUGUGCUGUGGGGGAGACGACUAACAUUAGUGGUGUGCUCUAUGAUGAAGAUGAUAUACUAAUCGUCGGGGAGCUGGAUAUGGGCAGUGGUGAGGUGCAUACCGUCCGAUCAUUCAACAGACACACCAACACAUGGGACUGUGUUAUCAUGAAUAAGCCAAAGCUACAAACUCGCUACCAAUGCUGCUUGUUGUCACUUCCCAAAAAUUUGAUGCACAAUCUCUUGAGAGAACAAGGAAAACUGUAUUAUUCGGAUAUCGUGGGAGAUACCAAACUUAAUGGUUAACAAAGUCAAACUAUACAAAAUUUAUGAAAUGAAAAUAAAUUUUGAUUGGCAAGGAGAUGAGUAGAUGAAUACUAGUUUAUUAUUCUGACUACCUUAAGAAAAUGUAUUAUGGAGGUCUGUAUUCCAUGAUUUCUAAGAGAUGAAUGAUAUUAAUGUUACUAGAACAGCAAAAAUAAAUUUGCUAAUUUUUUUAGUUUUUACUGUAAGUAUCCGUGGAUAUAUUAUAAGACUGACUAGUCAGACAUAUUGGUGAGAUCAAUGAGUCUCAAACUUUGUUGUGCUGCUGAUCCAAUCUGAUUGUGCUAUACUUUUAAUUAAAUUUUGUCAUGGGUCAAGUCAGGUCUUUCAUUAGUCUGUUUUGGGAACUUGUCACAUAUUUAUUUGUGUGAUUACACUGUAGGUUUUUUAUCAGCUUAGAAGAUAUUUUUUUAGCACGACUAUUUCAUAAACAUUUCCCCAAACCCUUAAGAAAAUACAAAUGUUCAAGGUAUAUUUUAUAAAAUGCUACAUACUCACAAUGUAUUAAAUUAAUAUUCAAAAGUUAAUGAUGAGAAUAUAACUAAUAAUAAUUUUUAAGUCCAUGAUUAAAGCCUACUCUUUAUUAAGUACAAUAUUGCACUGUUUUUCUCCAAAUUUUAAAGAAGUGUUUUUUUUUAUAGAUAAUUUUUUAAGAGCUUUGGAUUUUUUUUAAAAGUCUUGUAUCUUUUAAUUGCAUUUCUCAUUGUACCUUUAUGAUGCCUGAUCUACCUAUUUGUAUUAUGUUGAUGAUCUUAAAAAUAAAAAUGGGUCUGCACUGUGUAAUCAUACUUUGAAGUUGCUGUUAAUUGCAAUAUCAUCAAUGUAUGUGAAACAAUAAUUUUCUCAUAAUUGUUUUGUUUUUAGAGCGAGCAAAGUUUCAAUAUUACAACAAAAUUAAUAGGGAAAUGAAUCUUAAAAUGAGGAAUGUCAUUAAUCCUCUUGAGACGGCCAAGUGUGUUAAGGCUGAUCCAUCGGCCGGAUAAUAAAACCCUCGAGAUUGGCUGGCUGAUCUUUGUACAAAUUUUCAGAUUGUUUCUCGCAUAUCUUGCUCAUCUGGCCAUUUAGCGGCUUCCAUUGAUGGUUUACGGUGUUCUGUCAUGAUAUAUCAAUUUUUGUUUGUACCUAAUGACCCCAAUAAAUGACCUUGAAAUAUGCAAAAGACAUACGUAGCCAGGGGGGGGGGGGCAUUUUAUGCCUGUCUUCAUAUUGAAUCUCAUUUAAAAUGUUGGGACUUAUUAAGGCCUCAAAGGACUUAUUUAGGGUUCAACUGUCAUAAAAUUAUUCAAAAUUCUGCUAGUAAGACAUGUUUCUUCAAAAUGUAAACAACAAUUGCAUGCAAAAAUUAUGUAAAUCAGGAUAUCUCAUUUGCAUAAAUGUGGAGAUUUCAUUUUAAUUAGUAAAGAUCAAAUUCGUUCAUUCAAUGCCCUACAUACAUGUACUGUAGUUUUAUAUUUUUAAAGUCAUUAGAUUAUUUUUUUUUUUUAAGUUUAGAAAUAAGUGCAGGGCUUGUGAAAAGGGCUCCGUCUUUUUGGCACAAACAAGUCCAAAAAGGCUCAGACAGUGCAAAAAGGCUCAGUCUCAAUAAGGUUGAAUAAAUUUCAAAUCUUUUGUAUAGAGCAGGCCUGCACAACUCAAAAUGUAAGCCGUAAUACGUUAUGAAAAACUUGUGCGGGUCAAAAAAGGGCCGGAAGAUGAUAGGACAGGGAGAAAGCUAUUAAGAAAAUAAUAAUAAUAAAGAAUAUUUCGUUACUUCGCGGGCCGCCAAGUGGGUGCUGACGGUCCACAUGCGGCCCAUAUGUUGUGCAGGCCUGGUAUAAAGCAAUAAAUCUAAAUUAAGUAUUGGCUUUUAAUAAACUCAAAUUACACAUGUACCUUUUUCUUAAUAGUUUACAUGUUUUUAAUAAUUGUAAAGCGCUUAAAGCUUUAAGGUAAGUGCUAUAUAAAAAUGCCUAAAUAAAUAAAUUGCAUUAUCUUCAAUUAGAAGGUUGAAACUGCUCCCUUGCAUCAUUCUUAAAUUGAUAAAAAUUGAGUAGGGAAUUUAGUAGUAGAGCCAGGAAGUUGCUAGUAGUGGAGCCAGGAAGUUGUUAGUAGUAGAGCCAGGAAUUUAGCAGUAGAGUCAGGAGGAAGUUGUUAGUAGUGGAACCAGGAAUUUGUUAGUAGUAGAGCCAGGAUCAGGAAGUUGUUAGUUGUAGAGCCUGGAAGUUGUUAGUAGUAGAGUCAGGAAGUCGGCAGUAGAGCCUGGAAGUUGUUAGUAGUAGAGCCUGGAAGUUGUUAGUAGUAGAGUCAGGAAGUCGGCAGUAGAGCCUGGAAGUUGCUAGUAGUAGAGCCAGGAAGUUGUUAGUAGUAGAGCCAGGAAUUUAGCAGUAGAGUCAGGAAGUCAGCAGUAGAGCCAGGAAGUUGUUAAUAGUAGAGCCAGGAAUUUAGCAGGAGAGUCAGGAAGUCAGCAGUAGAGCCAGGAAGUCGGCAGUAGAGUCGGGAAUUCAGUAGUAGAGCCACAUCAUUUGUUUAAGUUUAAUGUUCUCCAUUUAUUUCAAGUGACAUACACAGUAAAUUUCUUUUAAAUUUAAAACCAACAUCUUUAGUAAGCUAAAUCAAGAUUGUUUAAUAUUAAUUUAAUUUUUGGAUACCAACAAUUUUUCUUUAAAAUUAAGACCACUAUAUUUAAAAUUAUUGAUUUUUAAAAAAGCACAUGCUCAAACAGUUUUAUUGAGUGGGACUUCCUGUGAUUAAUAUACAUUAAUACAUUUGUUUAAAUCUGAGGUUUAGAUGACUGGCUAUUAAUGUUGCAUUAUUGAUAUUAAAAGAAAAAGACCCUGUUUGUCAAUCAGAACAACUUGAGGAUUGAAAGUAUAUUCUACCUAAUUAAAAGGCAUUUCCAACAAAUUAUGACUGUAGGAAUUCCCAAAUAUUAUUUUUGUUCCCCUUAUGUAAUUUUCAGCUCUAAUUGAUAUUGUUUCACAUUUCACUUCAGAUAUUGGAGCAAAUGAACAAGCAUUUAUAAGAUGUACAUAAUGAAUUCAUUUCAUAAAUGGCUUAAGUAUUUAAAAAAAAAUAUUUAUGCAAGUCUUGUGUAAUAUUUUCAUAGUACAGAUGGAAUACCAGAAUCAGAUUUCUUUAAAAUUAAAUGUAGAAUGGUUUCUUCAUUAGGUAUGCACAACUGUUUUGUUCAAGAUCACAUUCUUUUCAUAGUGAACACAAUUUGCUGAAAAUAGAAUUGGGUCUUUCUUAGCAUUUCAGAUUUUUAAGUGGUGUUUUUUUUAACUUGUGGGCUUGAAAUUUCUGUAUAUUUAAGAUAUGAAUAAGCAGUGCUAUUUUGUGUAGAUAAGUCAUCUCCUAAAAUAGAUGUACAUGGCAC